GAAUCAGUGAAGGACACGGUAUGGACGAAACUGCCGAAAACACGUGAAAAAGAUUAUUACUAUGCCUUGAUGUACAUUCAAUAGUGUGAAGACAUGAAUGUACUGCAGUCUUGAUAGUAGCCAUCAUGACGACAGAGGCUGUGUCUUCAGGGGCUCGACCUCAGAUCCCUGCUCCUGUGCAGAGAGACGGAUACUACUGGUUACGCUCUUUCACUGCUGGAGGUGUUGCGGGAUGCUGUGCCAAAUCCACUAUAGCGCCUCUUGAUAGAGUGAAAAUUUUGCUACAGGCUCAAAAUCCUCAUUACAAACACCUUGGAGUGUUUGCCACAAUUAAGGCUGUGCCGAAAAAAGAGGGUUUCCUUGGACUCUAUAAAGGAAAUGGAGCUAUGAUGAUCAGGAUUUUCCCAUAUGGGGCCAUACAGUUCAUGGCUUUUGAUAACUACAAAAAGUUUCUCCACACAAAAGUUGGAAUAUCUGGGCAUGUUCAUCGGCUUAUGGCAGGAUCUAUGGCAGGGAUGACUGCGGUUAUUUGCACCUAUCCACUGGAUGUUAUCCGAGCUCGCUUGGCAUUUCAGGUGACAGGACACCAUCGGUACUCCGGCAUAAGACAUGCCUUUCAGACAAUUUACCAUAAGGAAGGAGGAAUCUCUGGUUUUUACCGUGGUCUGAUACCCACAAUCAUUGGCAUGGCUCCAUAUGCAGGCUUUUCUUUUUUCACAUUUGGUACACUGAAGACUUUGGGACUCACUCACUUUCCAGAGCAAUUGGGAAAACCGUCUCUUGACAACCCUGAUGUUUUAGUGCUGAAGACUCAAGUCAAUCUGUUGUGUGGUGGAGUUGCUGGAGCGAUUGCUCAAACUAUAUCGUAUCCUUUAGAUGUUGCCCGGAGGAGAAUGCAGUUGGGUGCAUCAUUGCCUGAUCAUGACAAAUGUUGCAGCCUCACCAAAACCCUCAAACAUGUGUACAGCCAGUAUGGUGUAAAGAAAGGCCUGUACCGCGGCCUGUCCCUCAACUACAUCCGCUGUGUCCCGUCACAAGCCGUUGCCUUCACAACCUACGAGUUCAUGAAGCAAGUUCUUCAUCUUAACUAAAGCAAACAGUGACUGAAGCUUUACAGAAAUAAACCCACACGACCCCUGGCGAAAUCCCAGCAGCCCUUUCUGCCAUUCCAGAGGCGAUAUCUUACAGAACAGAAAAACAUCUACACCUUCCAUCACAUGUUGAACUAUAUGCCUUAACUAAUUACUCAUAUACAAUAAGCGAACACACAGAAUGAUUACGUCUUUCACAUAUAAGCAGUAAUGCUUUUAACUACGACUGAUGAUGUAAUUUUUUUUUACGUCAAGAGCCUAAAUUGAGAAAUCGGUUUUGUUUGCUGAGUUUGAUUUACAUGUAGCUUCAUAUUUCAGUCACCUCAAGUCUUAUUGACUGAUUUGUGUCCGUUUUAAUGAUCGAGAUCAACUUGUCGCUACGGUUUUGUUAAUAUAGCGAAUGGAAGAAAGUGUGUAUGUAUAAUUUCUAUGCAGUGUUUAGUCACGUUCGCUUGCUGACGUUACUGUGGCUCAUUUUCAAUAUCUGAUAGAUGCCUUACAGUUGGGAUUCACAGUCUCUCUUAUGAAAGAGAGCAAUCAUGUGAGAAUGUUUGUGGUGAUGGAAAAAUCAUAAGUCAUGUUUAUUAGUCUGUUAAAUUAUUGUUGACUGAUUUGUGAUGGGAACAAGUGGAUCCCAUGAAUACAAUAAUGUAAAAUAAUAAUAAAAUUAAUUACAAUGA